AUGCCCUAUUUUUACUCGUUGACAUUGGAACCUCAAGGUGCUAUACUAGGUGCAAUUCAGGGAAGUUAUAGUGCUGCUAGAGCUCAUGAAGUAGUUGUAAAUAGAGGUCGAUCUUUAGAAUUAUUGCAAAUUGAUACAUCAACGGGUCGUAUUGGAAGUGUAUGUAGGAUGGAGGUGUUUAGCUUAAUACGAUGUAUAGCAAAUUUCCGUUUAAUUGGAUCAUCAAGGGACUUCAUUGUAGCAACUAGUGAUAGUGGGAAUAUUGUACUGUUGGAAUAUAAGAAAGAAAACAAGCUAUUUGUACAAUUACAUUCAGAGCCUUAUGGUAAAUCUGGGUGCAGGAGAAUUGUUCCAGGACAAUAUUUAGGAGUUGAUCCAGGAGGUAGAAGCAUCAUGAUAUCUGCAAUUGAGAGACAGAAGUUCGUAUAUACACUAAAUUUUGAGAAUAAAGACACAAAAUCUAUUAAUAUAUCAUCACCAAUUGAAGUACACAAAAGUAAUAUGAUUUGUUUUUCUUUAGUUGCAGUAGAUGUUGGAUAUGACAAUCCAAUGUUUGCAACAAUAGAACAAGCCUAUGAUACUCAAAUAGAUGAUUGUACUCAACGUCAAUUGAUAUUUUGGGAGGUAGAUUUGGGCUUGAAUCAUGUGAUUAGAAAAAGUGCAUUUAAUAUAUCUUUAACAUCUCAUUUAGUGUUAUCUGUUCCUGGUGGUUCAGAGGGUCCUGGUGGUGUACUUGUAUGCGACCAAAAAGGUCUAUAUUACUAUAAUAUUGAUCAUACCGUACUAUUUUGCUCGUAUCCACAAAGAUUUGGAGCUCCAAAUGAUGCUGGUACAGCAAUAGUUAGUUCAGCUUUACACAAGCUACGGAAGUUUUUUUUUAUUUUGAUUCAGUCAGAAUGUGGAGAUAUUUAUCGAGUUCAAUUUAUGCACAAUGAAGGUAUAGUAAAUAAAAUAAAAAUAUAUUACUAUGAUACUAUUCCUUUAUGUAAUUCUAUGCUAGUUUUAAGAUCGGGGUUUUUAUUUGCAGCUCACGAGUUUGGGAAUCAUUCAAAUUACCAAUUUUUAACGCUAGGAGAUGAUGAAAAUGAUUCCUAUUCAUCAUCUAUAUCUGUCCUAGCUGGUAAUACGAUAAACAGCUAUGAAAAGGUUUUUUUUCGCCCAAGAAAUUGUCAUUGUAUACGAAAGGUAGAUAUAAUGCACUCCUUAAGUCCAAUUAUAGACAUGAAAAUAGCAGAUAGUUCAGGAGAAUUUGGUCCACAAAUCUAUGUUGCUUGUGGUAGAGGCCCAAGAUCAACCCUAAGAAUUUGUACCUACGGUAAAGCCGUGGAAGAAAUGGCUGAGACACCUUUACCUGGUAGACCACGUUUUAUAUGGACACUGAAAAAAGGAGGUACCUCAUAUAUUUUAAAUAAAGAAACAUCAGAAACAUUAGAAGAUGAAGGGAAUUAUCACAGUUUCAUUAUUAUCUCAUUUAUAGAUAGAACAUUAGUAUUAUCUGUUGGAGAACAAGUAGAAGAAAUAAGUGAUUCUCCAUUUACACUUUCUGAGAGUACAAUAUAUGCAUCAUCAAUGGAGUUGAAGAAUUCAUAUUUGCAGAUCUUAGAGACUUAUGUUAAGCUAAUAACAGAAGAGAAAAUUUAUGAGUGGAAAGCUCCAGAUGGUCGUCAUAUUGUAGCAGCUGAUUCCAAUGGACGUCAGAUAUCACUGGCACUUUCUGGUGGUUAUAUUGUUAUUUUGGAAAUGAACACUAUAGACUUAAUAUCUGGUACUACAAAUUCUAUUAUGGGUCUAACAGAAUUGUGCCAUCGUGAAGUUUCAUAUGACAUUAUUUGCAUUUCUAUACAACAGUUAAUAUAUCCUACUAAAUUGUGUCGUGAAUAUGUUGCAGUAGGGACAUCUACUGAUAAUUCAGUACGUGUUUAUUGGAUAAAUACUGCUGAUAAGAAACUCAAACAGACAUCCACACAAGUGAUGCCGAAUGCAUCUAGUAUUCCUGAAAAUAUUGUUUUAUAUAAACCAGGACUGAAUGACUCCUUAUACUUGUUAAUUGGAUUGAAUAAUGGAGUAUUGUUGUGCUGUAUAGUUGAUGAAUUAAAUGGAACAUUAAGUGAUAAUAGAAGUAGAUUUUUAGGAGGCAAAAGUAUCAAGAUGGUACGAGUUGGUAUUGGUGAAUACAAUAAAUUGAGUACUUUUUGUAUGGCAAACAGACCUUGGAUUGUGAAUCAUAAUGGUAGGAGUUUGAAUUAUAUACCUAUUCAAUAUAGAACUCUAGAUACUGUGGCACCUUUUCAUACAAAACAGUUCAAAAAUGGUUUUGUAGCUGUUUCAGGUACAACCCUUGUAAUAUUUCAAGUUUUAUAUGACGAUAGUGGUACAUUCACCCACUCAAUAAUAAAAUUAAACUAUACUCCCAGAAAGUUGUUAUUUCUACCACCUCCACAACUAUUCUGUGGCUUGGAAACUUUGAUGGUUUCAGGUAUUUUGGAUAUUCCAAAAAGCCAAAUGAUAGCAAUUAUUGAGACUGAUCAUAAUGCCUUCGAUUACAAUACAAAGAAAGAGAUAAUUGAGGCUCUACAGAAGAUGUAUGAUGAUGAUAAUAAAAGUCUUGAAGAAAUAGGCACUAAGAAUGAAGUAUUAACUGAGGUUAAACAUGAAUUAAGUAGUCAUUCUACAAUAAAUACGGCUGAUGAAGGGGUAAUGGAUGUUGAUGAUACUACAAACUCUGCUAAGCAAGAAGAUUCUAUAGAUAAAAUACUGGGUAUUCCAGGAAGUGAUAAUGCUUUACUUCCAGAAAGUGAAGUGGGUAGCUUUUUAGCUGGGGAUGGUAUAUGGGGAUCAUGUAUUAGAGUUGUGAAUUCUACAACUAAAACUACAGAACAGUUAUUAUAUUUAGAUGUGAAUGAAGGUUGCAUUUCAGCAUGCGUUUGCAAAUUUGAUGAAAUGGACCUACCUUGUCUAGUUGUCGGAACAACUUAUGGGAUGAAACUUAGAAAAGAGUACAAUGAAAAUAGUAGUACUUUAGGAGCUACUAUUAAAGUUUACAAUUAUGAUACCAACUUUAAUCUUAAGUUAGUUCAUGUUACACCAAUUGAAAAUGUUGCAACAUGUAUGAUAGGCUGGAGAGGUCGCUUACUAGUAUCAAUUAAUAAAACUCUUCGUAUAUAUUCCUUAGGAAAAAAGAAACUUUUAAAAAAGUGUGAAUAUCGAAAUAUACCAGAAGUUUUAGUUUGGUUAAAGGUUAUAAAUGAUCGUAUUUUUGCUGGAGACAUUCGCCAUGGCGUUAUUAUCUUUAAAUAUCAUUCAGUUCAAAAUAGGCUUUCUAUUAUAGCUAAUGAUAUUAUGCCUCGUUGGUUAACAUCGGCUUGUGAAAUUCUAGACUACCAUACAGUAAUUACGAGUGACAAAUUCGACAAUCUUAUUGUCUGUAGGGUACCUACAGAAGCAUCUAGCAAUUACGACUUUACAUCAAACUUUAAUAGUCAAACGAAUACAUCAAGUUACAUGAAACCUUAUCAAAUUAAUCCAGUUGCUCAUUUCCAUGUAGGAGACCUGGUUACUUGUAUUCACAAAAACCAACUAUCCCCUCUUGGAGUAGAGACUUUGAUCUUUGGAACAAUACUUGGUAGUAUUGGCACUCUUACUCCUAUUACAAAUAAAGAUGACGUAGACCUAUUAUGCAAAUUGGAACUACUUCUUCGCAAUGAAAGUCCAUCACUAAUGUCGAGAGAUCACUUGAUGUUUAGAUCAUAUUAUGCACCUGUAUUAAAUGUUAUUGACGGGGACUUGUGCGAAACGUUUACAUCAUAUAGCAGUGAUGUGCAAGCUCGCAUUGCAUCCUCAUUGGAUAUCUCUAUACAGGAAAUCUUUAAAAAGCUCGAUGAUCUUAGAACAAGGGUAUUGUAG